GCAGUGUGUAGCGGUUCGCGCAUUCACCUCUCUAUGUGAGGCUGAACUGAGGAUUUUCCGUGCGUAACAUGCUUGUUUUACUUCUCAAUUGCUGCACAGUAAUACAGCGAUUCUCGUCGCUUCUCUAGGAGUAUCUUGGAUUUCCGGAGGCUUAACACAGGAGAAAGAAUCCCUCUGUGGCAGUUCCACUUGUGAAGCGCGCUCGUCUCGUCUCUGGGGUUGUGGAAUGGCUGGAGAGAUGCUGCUGUUACAGUGGCAGACGCGAAGCGGCUGAAAACGGCGGGAAGUCGAACAGGGCGCAGAGGUUCAAGUCUGGACAAAGACAGCAUUCUAUUUACCCUCAAUUGAAUGUGAGCUCUCGCUGACCUCCAAUAUUUAAAAUGGGGUUGUCAUGGAAACUGCUGGUGCUGCAAUUAUUCAUGGGAUGCCUUUCAGACGGCAGCGGUCCUCUGAGGCCAGUUUUCACCAAACAGCCUGGAAGUAUUGUAUUCCCUCUCCAUCUUAAUGAGCCCAGCCGGGAGGUCACCUUCAGCUGUGAAGCGCAGGGACAUCCGCCCCCGUCCUACAGGUGGAAAAUGAAUGACAGCUUCAUUUCUCCUCAGCCUGGUUCUCGAUACAGCAUCUCCGGAGGAAACCUUCGAAUCAGCCAGCUCAAUAAAGAAGAGGAUGCUGGUAUUUACCAAUGUCUGGCCUCCAACUCUUUCGGGACUAUUCUCAGCAGAGAAGCGAGUCUUCACAUCGCUUAUCUGGAGGAGUUUAAAACCCAGAUGAGGAGUCCAGUGCGUGUCAGAGAGGGACAGGGGGUGGUUCUUCUCUGCGGCCCACCAGCAUAUAUGGGAGAGUUGACCUUUUCCUGGAUCUUCAACGAAUAUCCCUCAUUCGUCGAGCAGGACACGCGGCGCUUUGUGUCGCAGAAAACAGGCAACCUGUACAUCGCUAAAGUGGAGCCGUCGGACGUUGGAAAUUACACCUGUGUCGUGACUAACACUGUGACCCAAAACAGAGUGCAAGGACCUCCUACGCCACUUAUUCUCCGCAGUGAUGGCAUCAUGGGAGAAUAUGAACCUAAAAUUGAGGUCCAGUUUCCUGAAGUCUUGGCUGUAGCCAAAGGGUUGACGGUCAAACUGGAGUGCUUCGCUUUGGGAAACCCAGUUCCUGCUAUCAGCUGGAGAAGACCAGAUGGAGUUCCUUUUCCUAGAAAAGUGGAUGUUAGCAAAUCCAGUGGAGUUUUGGAGAUCCCUUAUUUCCAACAGGAAGAUGCGGGACCAUAUGAAUGUGUGGCUGAAAACUCCAGAGGCAAAAACACAGUGAAGGGACGCCUCUCAUUUUACGCUCCCCCUCAUCUAGUGGAAAAGCCUCAGGAUGUGCAAAGAGCUAUAGACGAGUCUCUGCUAUGGGAGUGUAAGGCGAGUGCCAAACCCAAACCCUCCUACAGGUGGCUGAAGAACGGAGAGCCGCUCGAGUCUUUUGAGGACAGAAUCCAGGUGAUAAAUGGAGCAUUGUCCAUCAGCAGUUUGACAAUGUCUGAUACUGGGAUGUACCAGUGUAUUGCUGAAAACCGCCACGGCCGAGUGUUUGCCAAUGCUGAACUCAGAGUCAUUGCAGUGGCUCCAGAUUUCUCCAACAGUGUGCUGAAGGCGCAGACAUUGGCUCGGCAGGGUGGAGAUGUUUUGAUUGAGUGCAGGCCUCGCAUGUCUCCACGCGGGAUGAUCUCCUGGAGGAAGGGCAAGGAGGCCCUGCGAGAGAGCCACAGAGUCUCUGUGCUGGAUAAUGGCAGUCUCCGGAUAUCCAACAUCACCAAACUGGACGCUGGUCUUUACACAUGCGUGGCCAGAAACCAAUUUGGAGUGGCAAGCAGUGCAGGCACACUCGUGGUAAAAGAACCAACCAUCAUAAUGUCUAAAGCCACCCAGCUGGACGUCACAGUUGGAGAGAGUGUUGUUAUCCCAUGUCAGGUGUCACGUGACCCUUCACUGGAUGUCAGAUUCACCUGGUUUUUCAAUGAACAGCUGAUCAACUUUGGAAGCCAUGGGGGAUACUUUGAAAAAGUUGGUGGGGCCUCUGCUGGAGACAUUAUGAUCCGUAACAUUCAGCUAAGACAUGCAGGAAGAUACACAUGUGCCGUACAGACUAAAGUGGACAGUGCGUCUAUAGCAACAGAUGUUGUGGUACGAGGUCCCCCUGACCCUCCACUAGACAUCAGAGUUGAUGAAGUGACAGAGACGUCAUCGUUUGUGUCCUGGAGUCCAGGCCCUGAUAACCACAGUCCUGUUUUUGCCUACAACAUUCAGAUCAGAAGCCCAUUCUCUCUCGGAUGGCAGGCAGCCAAAACAGUGCCUGAGUCUCUGGGGGAACAGCAGUCGUCAGCCCGUGUGGUUGAGUUAAGUCCGUGGGUCGAGUAUGAGUUCAGAGUUCUGGCGACUAACUCCAUCGGCACAGGGGAACCCAGCAAACCCUCACAAAAAAUCAGGACCAAGGACACAAUGCCAAGGACAACCCCAGCCAGAGUCAGUGGAGGAGGUGGCAGCCGGUCUGAGCUCGUCAUCACUUGGGAGCCAGUCCCAGAAGAGCAACAAGCCGGUCCAGGGUUCGGCUACGUGGUCGCUUUUCGCCCUCUUGGUGGUCAAAACUGGAUGCAGGCGGCAGUGACAUCUCCUGAUGCAUCACGAUACAUCUUUAAAAAUGACAGCAUCCCUCCUUUCUCUCCAUUUCAUGUCAAAGUGGGAGUUUACAACAACAAAGGAGAAGGUCCUUUUGGACCCCUCACUACUAUAUACUCUGCAGAAGAAGAGCCGAGUCGUGCCCCCAGUCGCAUCCGUGCCAAGAGCCUGUCAGCCACAGAAGUGGAGGUCAGCUGGAAGCCUUUACCAUGGAGCACCAGCAAGACACGCAUAAUGGGCUAUGAGUUGAGAUACUGGAGCACAAAGGACAGACCAGACACAGCCAGUGUGAUGAGGACUGUAGGAAACAGGACAUCUGCUGUUAUCCGUGGCUUGGACCCCAGCAGUAUAUACAACAUCAAACUCAAAGCCUAUAACAGUGCUGGUGUUGGACCUGAUAGUGCCGUGGUUAAUGUAACCACUAAGAGACCACCACCAAGUCAAUCUCCAGUAAAAGUCAUGUGGAAUACAACAGACUCCAAACUCAUCCUCAAGUGGGAUCAUGUCAAGGCUCUGGAGAAUGAGUCUGAAGUUAUGGGCUAUAAGGUCAUGUACAAGCAAAGCAGACAGAGUCGGCCCAGUGUGGUGGAGACUAACAGCACAUCCCUUGAGCUCUCGCUGCCUGUGGAUGAGGAUUACAUCAUCCAGAUUAAACCUGUCAGUGAAGGUGGAGAAGGGAGCAGCAGCAAACAGAUUACCAUCCCCAGGAUAGCAGUGGCACAUGCGAUUGGAUUCGCCCCAGAGAGAAAAGCACUUCCAGCAUUUGUAACACUAGUACUCUACUGUACCGUCAUGACAUUCUUAUGACAGAUGAACUAAACUCUGCAGCAACAUUGGCAAGGGGAUCCACUUGUUUUUUCCAAGUGUGUUUUACAAGCAAGACUCUUCAGAAGGAAGGUUUUCCUCUGGCUUUUUAUUAAAAGAGGAAGUUUGUUAACCUGGUUCUGAUUACUGACACCAAAGCCGUGGACACAGUGGAGUAAGAGCUAUCAUACUGUUUUUGUUUUUUGGAUAAAGGUAUCAUUACCAGGACCAGGAACUGGAUAUUCAAGGGCAUAAAAUGACACACUCUUGAGGAUUCACAUACACGGAUGUCUGUUUGGUGACGACGAAUCCAUAUUCAUUUACUAGAUGGUUGGCAGUGGAAAACCACAUAAAUGCCUUUUCCAUAGGAAGUGUGGGACUUCAUGGACCCAUCUGAAGAAAUUCCCUACUGCCAUACCUCACGGACACUUUCAUUAUCCGAACAUCACUGCAUUCAAUCAGCUGUCCUCAAACCAGACAGUGUUUACAGUCCCCCAGCGUUGACAUGCCCCCUGUCUGUUUGAAAGACGAAGCUAAUGCUGCUGGCCUUACCUAUACAGUACAACGGCAUACUGGCUGUCUCAUGCUGGUGUUUCCUUCAGUUAUGCAAUGAGACCUUUCUUUUGCUAGUGUGUGUGCCUCUUUAAUGAGAAUAAACAGUAUGUAAAAUAUCCUCAGGACCAGAACAGCCUUAAAUAGUUGUCUUGAUUUCUUUUGUUGUUUAGUUUGUUUCAUUUACAGUUCCGUUGUUUGACGACGUAUACUAGAUAUUCUUUUGAUUGUCAUCGGCCAGCUUUUCAUUUUCUGUUGGGGUGCUUUCUAUAGCCGUGAUUAUUGAAAUACCUUGGACAUAAUGCUUAUGUUCCAUUUUCAAGCUGUUAAGCAUGAACUGGCUCUGUAGUGGCUUGAAAUACAGUAUUUGAAUGGACUGUCUGCUUUUAAUAAAUGAAGGAACACGAGUGCUGUUCUUAAGAUA